AUGUACCCCACAACUCUUCUUGCGGCCCUUGUGGCGCUUUCCCCUUCUCUGGCUGCCGCGCAGGUCGUUGGUACGGCCUAUGGUUUCGCGACCGGCGUCACUGGCGGAGGUUCUGCUAAAGCUGCGGCGCCUUCUGACAUUGCACAACUCAAGACCUGGCUGUCUGACAGCACCGCGCGUGUCAUCCUGAUCGACAAGACUUUCAACUACAUUGGCAGCGAGGGCACCGUGUCCGAGAAGGGAUGCCGUGCCAAGUCCGGCUGCAACGCCAGCAACGGUGGACAAGACACCAUCGGCAAGGACUCGUGCGAUGCCAACGAGAGCGAGGUCGACGUCAAGUACGACAAGGCUGCGAAGACCCAACUCACUGUUGGCAGUAACAAGAGUAUCGUGGGCGUCGGCAGCAAGGGCAUCAUCCAAGGCAAGGGCUUGAAGAUUCCCCAGGGUACCAAGAAUGUCAUCAUCCAAAACAUUCACAUCACGGACCUUAACCCUCAGUACGUCUGGGGCGGCGAUGGCAUGAGCAUUGAGGGAGUGGACGGUCUCUGGAUCGACCAUUGCAAGCUAACGGGUUUCUCCAUCAGCUUCAACCCGAGCACCUUCACCAUCUCUAACACCGAAUUCGACGGCGUAACCGCAUACUCCAACUCUUGCAACAAGAAUCAGUACUGGGGCACCAUGUUCGUCGCCGAUGGUGACAAGGUGACUCUUGACCGAAAUUGGUACCAUGACAUGUCUGGUCGCGCCCCCAAGAUCAGCGGCACCGGCACUACCGUCCAGGCGGUCAACAACUACUUCUCCGACAACCUCGGCCACAACUUUGACAUCACCAAGGGCACCAACGUUCUGCUCGAGGGCAACGUCUUCUCCAACGCCAAGACCCCGAUCAACACCGACUCGAGCUCCAGCGGUGCAAACAUCUUUGACGUCCCCGACUCUGGCUCCAUCUCCACCUGCAGCUCUUCGCUCGGCCGCAACUGUGUCGCCAACUCUCUGUCCGGCAGCGGCGCUUGGCCUAGCUUUAAGAGCACCGCGGCUCUGAGUGGUUUGGGCAAGAGCAAGGCCAACCUUGUCACCCCCAUCCAGGCUAGCAACGUCAAGUCCACCGUGACGGGCAAGGCUGGAAUCGGCAAGAUCUAG